AUGCUGCACGUCAUCAACAAAUGCGCAGGUAGCGGGGAAACGGAUGGCGUUCAGAUCAAGGAGAAUAUCUUUCAUAAGUUUGAUUUCAUUAAGGUGUUCGGUCCAAAAGCUAAAGGAGAACUGGUCGGCAUGGGCGGUGUGGAUAAGGUCGCCGUCGCACUAUCACAAAUCCCAACAGCGGACUUGUUUGGCAUCGAAAUGAAGCUGUCUGACGAAGAAACGGAGCAUAUGAUUGCUGUACUGGAAGGCAUUUUGAACGGAUCCACCGAUGAACUCACCUCUAAUGAAGCCGCUGAUUUCCGCUUUUUCGUGCAAAAAUUACAGGUAAUAAGAAUAUUCCAGAUCUCAGUAGUGGGGCUAAUUAAAGUUAAUGAGAAACCGGAUUCUUUUAACUAG